AUGACUAUGGUUUAUUCUUUGUUUUUGGGUCCCAUUGCAAUUGCGCUAGUGAUUGUACAAGUUAUUCUUGUAAGCAAUUACUUGGCCCUUAUGGACACCAGAAGAGACACUGAUAAAUUAGGUGCCCUAGUUUUGGGAAAUGUUUUCACCACUUUAAACUUAAAUCAAUUUGUUGUUUUCACACAGACCAUAAACAUUUUCCAAGGCGACACCAAUAUCAGACUGUGGAGAAGAAUUACAAGCGCAGAGUUCCUUGUAGAUACACUUCCCAAUUUCUUGAUAGAUAGAUCAAUUGAAAUUCUGGACUAUAUAUUUAUAGUUGCAUGCUUCUUUAUACCAUUUUUUGGAAUCACAAUAGUUCAAUUAAUCUUUGCAGGACAAAAUGGGUUCGCAUAUUUCCAGCCUUAUUUCAAAGAACUACGAAAGAUGGAUGAGAAAGAACUAAGAAAAGUAUACUACCAGAACUAUAGUAAAUGGUAUCUAUAUGGAGUAGCUUGCGCAGUCAUAGAGUCCCUUCCAUUUCUCUCAGGAUACCUCCAACCAAGCUUGUUUGUGGGCGCAUCGCUUUGGAGCGCAAGAGAGUUAAAAGAAGAAGUAAAAUUAAGGACAAAGAAAUUCGGCCCUAUACAACCACAGGAGUCUACAUAG